CUCACUCUCACAGCGCCAUCCCUUUCUAAUACUGCUUCGUGGCGGCUCGCUGAGUUCGGAGACCGGGCGGCUCGUCUCCUCCCUCCCCAAUACCUCUUAUCACCUAUUCUUCCCCCUCUUCUCUCCUAUCUUCUCAUCUAUUCCCUGCAUCACAAGGUCUCCAUCUCUGCUUUCUUUAGGGUUUCAUCAUUCCAGAUUCACCCACGAAUCCUACUUUCUGUUAGUUAACGAUACUUUAUUGUAAUCCGGAAGGAGUCUGAAAUGCCUGAUCUCUGGCGUUUGAUCGGAUAUCUAAUUCAUCUCCUUCAACGUAAAGGUCCUUCCAUCUGAUUUUUCUGACCCGUGAAUGCCAGUGUUUAGUCCGAUACUGGAUAAAGCUACCGAUCCAUCCAUGUUUAGCAACGAUCAAGUGUGAACUGUGAAUCCCUUUCCUAUUUAAGAGCCCUUGGGAUUAUUUGGAUUCGCUUUCUGGAGACAUUGGCUAACGUUGAUCAGUUUUAUUAGAUGGUAUGUAUUGGUAGUCUACGAAGUUUUAUCGCACGGACGGGCAAUUUGAAGCGCCAGUCAGCUUCGGGAAGAAAAGGCCAGAUUGGUUGUUUUGGGGAUCUGGAUGCGAAACUGUUAGUGAGCUUUCCACAGAAAAAUUACCUCGGGUUCAGAGCAAUCGUGACGUUGAUGGCCGAGUCGGGCACGACGACUGAAGCUGGCACCGUCGCUUAUACGUUUCCAGAGAAGGACUUUGAUGAGGAGAGGGAGGGGGGUUAUGCAAGCGGAGGUUGGAAAAGUGAGGAUGGUAGAUUGAGUUGUGGAUACUCAAGCUUUAGAGGAAAGAGAGCAAGCAUGGAGGAUUUCUUUGACAUAAGGAACUCCAUGAUAGAUGGACAAACUGUUAAUCUCUUUGGCAUAUUUGAUGGUCAUGGUGGUUCACGCGCAGCUGAGUUUUUGAAAGCGCACUUAUUCGAAAACCUUCUUAAGCAUCCAGAAUUUUUAACUGACACAAAAAAGGCUAUAUCUGAAACAUAUAAAAAAACCGAUUCAGAUUUCUUGGAUUCUGAAAGUAAUACUUUCAGAGAUGAUGGUUCUACAGCUUCAACUGCGGUUCUAGUUGGCAAACGUUUAUAUGUAGCAAAUGUUGGUGAUUCACGUGCUGUUAUAUCAAAAGCAGGCAAAGCUGUACCUCUUUCUGAUGACCACAAGCCAAAUAGAAGUGAUGAGCGCAAGCGAAUUGAGGAUGCUGGAGGAAUUGUUAUGUGGGCAGGCACUUGGAGGGUUGGAGGUGUGCUUGCAAUGUCACGGGCUUUUGGUAAUCGCCUGCUAAAGCAGUUUGUAGUCGCAGAGCCUGAGAUUCAGGAAGAAGAAGUUGGUGAAGACCUAGAUCUCUUGGUUCUGGCCAGUGAUGGAUUAUGGGACGUUGUGCCAAAUGAGGAUGGAAUUUCGCUUGCAAGAACAGAAGAAGAAGCAGAGGCUGCUGCUCGAAAGUUGACUGAGACUGCUUUCUCUCGUGGAAGUGCAGACAACAUAACCUGUAUUGUCGUAAGAUUUCAUCACGAUACUAAAGAGAAAGAUAUUUCUUCUGAUGAUCACCAAUCAAUCUAAUUAUUUUCUCAAGAGAAGGGGGAGGAGGAGAAGGUUUUUUGUGUAGUAGAUGGAACUCCUAUUUUUAUCAAUCGUGGACCUGUUCUUCUUAACAUUUGUUCAUAUGUUGUAAAAUCUUAUUUUGUGUGGAUAUUCAUCUUAUCGUUGUGCAUCCAUGGAGUGCAUAUUUUUUUAGCCCUUGAA